UUGAAAUACUACUGCAGUAGGAUUUUAGCCGUCACUUUGCAAACACCUUGCCAAAUUUAACGUUCAAGAAAAAUGAACGAUCUCAAAGAAAAAGUGGUGGUUAUCACUGGUGGAUCUAGUGGUAUUGGUUUAGCUAUCGUUAAACAAUUAUUAAAUACGGAAAUUAAGUUCCUCGCUAUGUUUGAACUGGAUCACGAAAACUCUAGAAAAAUAGUAAAAGAUUUAGAAAAAGUGUAUAAAUCAAAAAUCGGACUAUAUCCAUGUGACGUAUCAAAAACUUCUCAGUUAGAAGAAAACUUCGAGAAAGUAUUUCAAACGUACAACACUGUCGAUAUUCUCAUAAAUAAUGCUGGAAUUGCCCAUGAAGAUAAUCCAGAGCUCAUGAUGGACGUCAAUUACAAAGCUGUCGUCUUGGCUAGUUUGAUGGUGAUCAAACGCAUUGGAAAACAUAAGGGUGGCGAAGGUGGCACCAUCGUUAACAUCGCGUCGACAUUGGGACUUCAAAAUAUUUUCUAUCCUAUUUACUGCUCUACUAAACACGCUGUUGUUAGUUUUACGCGAACAAUGGAGCAACAUUACGAAACGACUGGUGUUAGAGUGGUUGCAAUCUGUCCAGGUUUGACUGAUACACCGAUUCUUGAUACCACCUAUAAUAAUUUGGAAUUCAAUACUUAUUAUCUCAUGGAUAUUUCAUCUCUGAAGAAACAAUCACCUGAUACCGUAGCUGCAGCAGUAAUGAAGAUCAUCAAAGAAGGAAAUUGUGGAUCCGUUUGGGUUGUGGAUAACGACGAGCCGCCAUUCGCAGUGAAAUAUCACCCUCAAAUAGAUCUUCUCGCAAAUUCUAUCAAAAGUAAUUUGUAAAUAUAACUCGAAAGAUACAAUGUUAAUUUAAAAAUGAAAACGCGCACAAGA